UGCGCUUGAAAGAAACUAUGGCGCGGUCCGGUUGGUCGGCUAUUGGUGAACGAAUUGAAGGGGGAAGGAAAAGGAAAAAAAUGGCAAAAUGGUAAAGAGAUUUCUGAAAAGAUAAGAGCGCCAUGGCUUCAAGCGGCGAGUUCGUCGAGGGCUGGCAAGUAGCGCAGGUCCUUGGGGAAGGAGCUUAUGGGGAAGUGCGGCUACUGGUGCACUCGCGUACGGGCGCGCGCGUGGCGCUGAAGGCGGUGAGCGCGGCGGGCGAGGCGGGGGGCGGGGCGGGAGCGCGGGAGGCGGCGCUGCACCGCGCCCUGCGACACCCCCACGUGCUGCGCUGCCUCGGCGAGCGCCGCCACGGUCAAAUCCACUACCUGUUCCUGGAGUACGCCGAAGGUGGCGAGCUUUUCGAGCGGAUCGAGCCCGAUGUCGGCAUGCCGUCUGCCACCGCGCGGCGGCUGUGGCUGCAGCUGGCUUCCGGACUCCGCUACCUGCACUCCCGGGGAGUGGCGCACCGGGAUAUCAAACCGGAAAACCUUCUCCUCGACGCGGACGACAACAUAAAGAUAUCUGAUUUCGGCAUGGCGACACUCUUCAAGCACGGCGCGAGAGAGCGGCUGAUGUCGCGGGUGUGCGGCACGGUGCCGUACGCGGCGCCCGAGGUGAUGACGGCCGAGGCGCACCCCUACCGUGCGCCGCCCGCAGACCUGUGGGCUGCAGCCCUCGUACUUCUAGCUAUGUUAGCUGGCGAACUGCCGUGGGAGCGCGCGAGCAGUGACGAUCUCCGGUACGCUUCGUGGUGCGCGUGGGCGGAGGGGGGAGCGGGGCCGCCGUGUGGGAUCUGGAAAAAACUGAGCCCCGGGGCCCUGGCGCUGCUGCGGUGCGCCCUGCGGCCGGAGCCGGCGCGCCGCGCACCGCUGGAUCAGCUGAUUCAGCACCCGUGGCUCGGGCCGCACGAGGGCGCGGCGGGCACGCGUGUGAGCAGCUCGCAGCCGGCUCUGGGCGCCGCCGACCUCACGGCCGCAGACAUGGACGCACUGCUGAGCCGGUCGCAGCCGGCGCAACCCGACGACCUGCUGCUGCCGUGCGAGGCCUCGCAGGCGACGCUCGGCGUGGCCGGCCGCAUGACGCGCGUGUGGCUGCGCUGCGACGCCCCGACCGCGCUGAGGCAACUCGGUCAGCUGCUGGACGAGAAGCGCUACGUGUGGCGCCACCUGCAGCCGCUGCUGGUGGCUAUCGAGUGUGAGGGCGUCCACAUGCGGGCGUGGGCGGUACCCUGGAGCGAGGGUACGGCGCGCUCGCUGUUGCAGUUCCGACGCUGGCGCGGCUGUGGGCUGACAUACAAGCGCCACUUCGUUCAGUUGCGUAAUGCGCUUAAACCGUUGGCUGCACCUCCCCCACCUUUGCAGCGUAUGGAUGUUGACUGAUUUUAAUGCCGUAAACCUAAAAUAAUAAUUAGUAGUUAGAUAAAAUUGCAUUGUUAUU